AUGGCCAUAGAAAUUCCACUAGAUGCUUCGACACCAUCGACGGUCUCCGCCACCCUCUCUGUACCGCCAUCUCCUGGGCUAAACAGCAUUUCCUUCGAUGGAAUCAAAAACAUCUCGAAUAGCCCUCUUAUUUCUGCUUCUACCACGAUAGAGCUGAUCGCAUCUAGGUCAAGUUCGAGCGUGUUCGUUUACGACCUCGCGGAGCAGGCAGGCUUCGGAACGUACACCAAGGGCUGGACUGGCGGUGACAGCGGUGCGGCCUCUGUCGUCAGCUUGCAGACCCGUGCUGGUGCCGGUUUGAGCUUGGUCGGCAGGCUCUCCCAGGGGUCUAGCAAGGAUGCGUCCAAGCCCGCCGUCCUCACGGCCUAUACCACUCCGACGGGUUUGGCCGCCAUGACACAGUCAUUGGCCCACCUUCCCGCACCGACCGCAAACAGCAAGCUCGUCGUCCAGGUCCCAAACGUCACGCCGGUCGGGGAGAGCUUCGCGCUUUCUCCCACCCUCGCACCCUUCAUGCCCGCUCUUGCCGUCUUCCCCGAGCAGUUUACGAUUCUGCUGUCCUCUACUCCGCAAGAGGCUGUCGAUCUCGCGACUCUUGCUUACGAGCUCGCCGAUACUCAUGUGGUCCACAUUUUUGACCAUCACAGCUCAACUCGCGAAAUUGGACACGCUCUCAAUACUGUGGUUCCCUCACAGGCUCGCAAGUCGUCCUUGAAGGGUGGCCUUUCACUCGCGGGAUACAACUUUUUCGACUACGCGGGCGACGAAGACGCUGAGGUGGUGAUCGUCCUCCUGAAUGGUCCUUUGGCUAACGCCGCGAAAGCAAUUGCGUCGCGGGUCAGCGGUUUCGGAGUCGUCAUCGUACGCGUCCUCCGUCCGUGGGACGAAGAGGGGCUCCGCGGGGUUAUCCCUGCAUCCGCCAAGCGUAUUCACGUCCUCGACGACGUCCCGACGGAUCUCACCCAAGGCACCCUAUACAGCGACGUCUUCUCCGCGCUCUUCGAUCCUGUUAACCGUGGUCCAAGAAUCAAGUCGCACCGCUUCACGCCUACCCUCGCGCAGUCCUACGUGGCGAUUCCAGCGACGUUCGUUGCGUUCCUUCGUUCCCUCGCGCCUUCCGUGCCGUUGGUCUCCCUGGCCUCUGCCGGGCAAAAGAAGCUGUUGUUCUUCACCAGUCCCGGCUCGACUCUUGCUAGUCUUCCCUUCACCGUCGAACAGACCUUUUUGGCCCUCCCGUCUGUAUCGGCCUGCCAGAGUACAGAUCACGAUGCAUUCUCAAAGCCUGGCGGUGUAACCGCAGACAGGAUCGUUCUCGGCCAGAAGAAGCCCGAGCAAUUCGUUCCAGUGUCCCUACUUCUACCUGUCUCUCCCCAGAGCCAGGGCGAAGCGGACUUCCUGGCAGUCACGGACCACGCUCUGCUCAAGUCGCACCACAUCGCCGCGCAUGCCAAGCCUGGCGCGCCCCUCCUCAUCACCACUUCGUGGACGCCGGCCGAGCUUGGGGCAAACCUGCCGGCGGAUGUCGCCUCACUCAUCCAUGAACGCGGCCUCCGGGUCUACGCCAUCGACGCUCAGCAGCUGGCCGAACGGCUCAUCGGUGCGGCUGGCCCCGAACGCAACGCCAUCGAGAAUGUCAUUGCCCUCCUUGCAUUCUUGAGACUAUACCUGGGUAAGGCUGCGACGGAGGAGAUUGUCGUGAAGCUUGCUCGUCAUUUCAUUGGCGAGAGCAUAUACGGAUUUGACCUCUUGAAGGUCAAUGCUCAUGCGUGGGCCGGUUUGAUUGAAAUCGAGUUGCCUGGCGCCGUUGAGCCUGCGCAAGCCUCACCGCUCAAGACCUUCGAGUUCAAUGCGAUUUCGGUCGAAACAGAUGACGGCGAGACGGUGGUGAACGGCGCUCGACUCGGCUCCUGGCACGAUGCCGCAAAGCACUUACUCUUCCGCUCGGCAUUCAAGGCGGUCGACGGUACAUUUUCCGACUUCGAGCAGAAUCCCGAGCUUCGUCCCGAGAUUCCUGAGCGGACUUUCCUCAUCACAUGCACGGUUAAUAGACGGCUCACACCUCCCGAUUACGACCGCAACGUCUUCCACCUCGAGUUCGAUACGCGUGGCACGGGUCUCAAGUAUGCCAUUGGCGAAGCUCUUGGAGUCCACGGCUGGAACGACGAGCAGGAGGUCUUGGACUUCUGCAGGUGGUAUGACGUUGACCCCAACCGUCUCAUCACAAUCCCUGUGCCUGGCGCUGACGGCUCGCGCAUGCACACGCGUACGGUUUUCCAAGCACUUCAGCAGCAGGUCGACCUGUUUGGCAAGCCGGGCAAGACGUUCUACUCGGACCUAGCUGAGCACGCGACUAGUCAGGCAGACAAGUACGCCUUGCAGUUCAUUGGCUCUCCAGAGGGCUCGGCGACGUUCAAGAAGCUGUCGGAGAAAGACACAGUGUCAUUCGCGGACAUCCUCCGCAGAUUUGAGACGGCGCGUCCCGGGAUCGAGACUCUUUGCGAGUUCGUCGGUGAUAUCAAGCCUCGCCACUAUAGUAUUGCGAGCGCGCAGGCUGUAGUUGGUGACCGUGUUGAUCUCCUAGUUGUCGCCGUUGACUGGGUAACUCCAAGUGGUUCACCACGCUACGGCCAAUGCACGCGCUAUCUCGCGGGUCUCAAGGUCGGCCAGAAGGUCACCGUUUCCAUAAAACCUAGUGUCAUGAAGCUGCCACCCGACAACAUGCAGCCCAUCAUCAUGGCUGGUCUUGGUACCGGUGCUGCACCUUUCCGCGCCUUCCUUCAGUACCGCGCCCUGCUCCAGUCGCAGAACAUCCCCGUUGGCCCCACUUACUACUACUUCGGCUCUCGCCAUCGCUCGGAGGAGUAUCUAUACGGCGAGGAGAUCGAGGCUUUCAUCCUUGGCGGCACGAUUACCAAGGCCGGACUCGCAUUCUCGCGUGACGGUCGCAAGAAGGUGUACAUCCAGCACAAGAUGAGGAAAGACUCGACGGUGCUCGCGGAGAUGCUUUACAAUAAGGAAGGCGUCUUCUAUCUCUGUGGACCAACAUGGCCGGUUCCGGAUGUAUACGAGGCGUUGGUCGAGGCCCUCGUCGAGAAUGAGGGGAUGGCUACCGAGUCAGCGGGUGCGUACCUGGAGGGAUUGAAAGAGGAGGAGCGCUAUGUCCUUGAGGUUUAUUAGAUCACUGGUCGGGUCUGUAUACAUUGCAUAUCCACGCGCGUUCGCUCCUAAUGGCACUUCGUGCGAUUCUCGACUCGGCUCUUGCGAACCUUCCGUUCGUUUGUAGAUUGCG